AUGGUUUGGGUAGCUCGCCUGGGUGGUGAGACUGCCUCCAAAGUUAUCAACACUGUCCUUGCCUUUGCUCAGCGUGCAAUAGGUGCCACUGUCAACAAGUCUCUGGUUGCCUCUCCUGGUGCCAUCUUCUUCCACCGUGACAUGCUACUCAAUGUUCCUGCCAUUGUUGACUUGGAACAAGCCUCUGGCCAAUGCCAAGCUGUUGCCGAUUGCAACAAUCUCACCAAGAACAAGCACCGCCGCUACAAGAACUAUAACAUUGGUGAUCUUGAUCUGGACAAAGAUGAUGAUGUCUUUGUUGUUUUGGAAGGUGAUACCAUAGUGCAUGAACUCAAAGGAGCGAUGCAAAUCAGAACUCAUCAAGGGACUACUACAACUUUUCCAGCCCAAACAACUGAUGACCCAGGCAAUGAACGCCAAUCAUAG